AAUGGGCAAUUGGUUUAGUAAAGAUGAUAAACAAAAGAAAUAAUAAAAAUAAUAGUAAUCAUCUUAUCCUACCAAAUCUUAAUUUCCAUCUCAAAAGAAAGAAUUAAGUGAGGGAGAAAAGAUGAGAAUGAAAUUGUAACAUAAUAGAGAUGAAUUGAGAAAUAAGAGAAAAUAAAUAGAUUUAUAAAUUGAAACCUAUGAAAAAGAAAUAAGAGUAUAAUCUAUUUAAUUAUUAUAGAUAUUAAUCUAAAGUAAUAAAAGAGAUUAGGCUAAGUUUGUAUUAUAAAGAAAGUUAUUAUAUGAUAAAUUUCUAGAUAAUAUUAUGGAGAAAGAAUAAAUUAUAGAAAAAUCUAUCAUCUCUGUAGAUUAAAUGUAGUCUGUAAUAUUGUUAAUUAUCAAUAGGAUAAAGAAAUGGCAGAUAUUAUUAAUUAGACAAAUUAAGUUAUGAAAGAUAUAUAAUCCUCUAUUGAUUAAGAUAAAUUAAGAGAUGCUUUUGCAGAUAUGUAAGAAUAACAAUAGAAAAAUAAUGAAAUGAAUUAAAUGUAUUAAUAAUAUAAGGUUGGUGAUGAAGAUGAAAUUAAUGAAUUAUAUGGAAAAUAUGAAUAAUAAGUAUGUAAUAAUACUUAAUCAAAAUAAUAAUAAAAAUAAUAGUAAUUUGUUCAAUUGCCUUAAUAAUAGUAAUAAUAAUAGCAUUAGUAAAAAUAAGAAUAAAAUGAAUAUACAGAUAAAUUAGCAAUGCUAGAAUGA